GAGCCCUAUAAAUGGCCCUGGCAGGGGACGGUCGCGGCCACCGCAGCCGGAGGAGCCGCAGCGCGCACCGUCCCGUCGGAGAUCAUGAGCUUGCAGCCGUGGGGCUAUUUAAAGGACAAUGGGCCAGAUCGCUGGCAUGAAACAUACCCAAUGGCUAAAGGGAAUAAUCAGUCACCUGUUGCAAUCCUGACCAAGGAUGUCUACAAAGACCCUGCUCUAUUGCCUUGGUUUACUGGCUAUGAUCCAGGUGCAGCUAAGACCAUAAUGAACACUGGGAAAACUUGCCGUGUUACAUUUGAUGACACUUUCGAUCGCUCAGUGCUCAGGGGAGGGCCACUUCAGGGUACUUACCGGCUGCGUCAGCUUCUCAUCCACUGGGGUUCUACAGAUGACAAAGGCUCAGAGCAUGUGAUUGACGCAACAAGGCAUGCAGGAGAGAUUCAUUUGGUGCACUGGUAUCCUAAGUAUAGCAAUUAUGCAGAUUCUCUGAGAAAAACUGAUGGUGUGGCUAUCUUGGCUAUUCUUCUGAAAGUAGGGAAAGAUCCUAAGCCAGAGAUGAAGAGAAUUCUUGAAGAAAUGGAAGCCAUUAAGACCAAGGGGAAAGAGGUUCCUUUUCAAAACUUUGAUCCAUCCAUCCUUUUCCCUCAAAAUCGGAGCUACUUCACCUACCAAGGCUCCUUCACUACACCUCCUUGUGAUGAGUGUGUUACCUGGAUUAUUCUGAAAGAGCCAAUCACCGUCAGUGUGGACCAGAUGGAAAAACUUCGUAGCCUAUCUAGCAACGCUGCAGGUGACCCCUAUUGUGCUUUGGUGGACAACUGGCGGCCUCUUCAGCCUCUGAAUAACAGGAUGGUAAGAUCUCCAUGCCAAUAGAAUCUUUGCUGAAGCCCAUGAUCUUCGAUUGUGAAGACCCAGGAUUCCACACUCGUGUUGUGUUUGACCUGCUAUUCUCCCUCGAGAUCUGUACUGUUGAGCUAGAAAUUCUGAGCGAUGAAACAGGACAAUUUAGAUAAAAUUAAUCAACAUCCUAGAGGGGGGAAAUCACUGGGAAAAUAUUAACUAUAUUAGAAUGGGGAAUCUCUCUCGAUAAUCUUUGUGAACACUACCAUUUUUAUGGAAAAUUCUGUGGGUGGGUGGGAAGGUCUUCAAGGAUUUCUUUCUUUCUUUCUUUCUUUCUUUCUUUCUUUCUUUCUUUCUUUCUCUCUCUCUCUCUCUCUCUCUCUCUCUCUCUCUCUCUCUCUCACACACACACACCUGUAAAUGAAGAAUGCUAGAGGAGCACAGCAGGAGUUGAAUGCAUUUCUGUAUCAUAUCUAUGUAUAAAGUGUCAUUAAAAAUGCAAAUUGUGAAGAAAAUCAGCCUGGAAGUCUAACCCUCUAUCCUUCUCAUUGUUGACGGUGAAAUUAAACACAUUCAUUCAAACAGGAUAUAGUAUGGGAUGAAGCAUUCUUAUUUAAUUGCACAACUUCAUUUCCUGUCGAUUUGUUUGAAAUAAUAAACAGCCGGGAUUUUGUUUAAUAUGUAGGUAAUCUUAGUGACUCUAAAUUAGGGUGGGUUUUUUUUGGGGGGGGGGGUUUCCAGAAAACAUUAUGAGCUAUUUAAUUUUUAGAGUUUCUUGUAUCAUUUCUCUGAUGUGUCAACAAGGUCACUUUCUGAACUUCUGAUUUUAUUAUUUUGCAGUUAAUUUUUAUGCCAUUGAAGUUAGCGUAAUGAAAUAUUGGUCGAAAACCCAUUUCACUUGUGAAAUGCUCAGAUGAAUUUUGCAAUGGGAAAUAUCUCAAAGUUUCAAACUACUAAAGAAAUUUGUAUGUCCUGUUUCAAUACGUUGCAGCCAGUAGUUUACAGAUGUCAGAAUACUAACUUUGAAUCUGACUUAUUGAAAUAAAUGGACUUAUUUGUCAUUAACUUGCA